AAAUUCUUCCUUCCCCAUCUUGAAAAUAACCCUUUUUCAAACCAUUACCACAGGCAUUAACCAUAAACAGCGACUUUGAUAGAAAUCCGUUACGUUUCCCUUCCUAAGGCUCCUCCAUUUCCAUUACAUUUACAUUGCUUUUUUCAUAAAUUAUGAAAUCUUACAGUGACAUGGAUGAUAUGAAAACGAGGGCAAGGGCGAUGAAGAGAAGAGAAGCUGUGCCAGCAUUAUCAUUGCGCAUGACUGGCUCUCUGGUUACAAUGGCCUUGUUGCUAUGGAUCAUUCGCUGUGGAUUCAGGUUGGCUGCAGAACCCUGGAGAUUCACUGAUUAUGCUGUUCGGAGUUACCAUAUUGGAGUCACCACCAUGUUCUUCGGUUUGCUGUUUUUGAUAGUUGGCCUCACCAUAUUGGCAGACUUGUUCCUGAACAUAUCAGAGCAGUUGCAGGAACCACAGGGCACCCCACAAGCAGGGAAGGAGACAAGGACAAUAAGCAAAGCUAUAGCUAGAGCCUGUGUGACUGUAAUUGCAAUGUUCAUGCUCUCCUGGGCUAUCUAUACAGUAUGUUGGCUUGCAACUGAAUCAAAAGGAGAUAGCAAGCAUCAUCUCCUGACAGUCUCCAUGGGAGUCACUACCAUUACAUUUGGUUUUAUUUAUUUCAUCAUUGGACUUGCUAUUGUUCUGGAACUAGCACUAGCUUUGUUGGGUCAUUUGCAAACGAGAGAAAAAAAGAAUAGGUUAUCAGAACAGCUGUAACAUACAUAGCUGUUUUGUUUUUUCGGUUGAUAAUAUUGUCAAUUGACAUAGAGUCAACAUUUUGUUCUCAUGCAUGUUGACUAAUGCUGUGUAUAGUUUCUCGCAAGACAGAUCUCCAUCC